AAGAGAAUGGCGUCUCUUUCAGGGAAGCUGGCGGACUUCCUGAAGAUGCCCGCCGUACAGCUACAACGAGCAGCAACCACUGGUAAGCAGCAGGAGCUCCCAUCGGCAGGACAAGGUAGUGCGAGAGCGGUGGCUCCGGGUGAAAAGUCGAGACAAGGUACGAAAACACGUAGCGUGAAGACGGAAGAUGAGGCAAGACCGAAGGUGUCGGAAAAGCAGAAGGAAAAUAUACCGAAAAUUGUUGCCAAGAAGCAAGGUGCAAUGCCCGAGGCAGACGAGACACAACACGAUGCAAUAUCCAAGGCAGUUGAGAAACAGCACGAUGUGAAAUCCAGGGCAGGCGAGAAACCACGUGUACAAGAAAAGGCAAAGUCAACAUCAGCCGUAAAAGAGGUUCAUCCAAAGUCAGGACCUGCGAGAACAGAGGCAAGGCCAGCGCAUGCGGAAAAGAAAGAUGCCGGUCAAGCAAAAGCAUUGUCGGUGACUGCAGGCAAGAAAGACCUGAAUAAACCAAUUCCAGCGUUGCAAACAGUCCGUGUAGAAAAAGAUGUUGGAGUAAAAGAGCCUGCUGCGCCCUCGAAAAAUGAAAAGACCAAAAAGGCGCCGCCUGUGCUGACGGUAAGGUUGCAAUCUUCUAAGCCAAACCAGACGCCAAGCUUUGCUGAUGAGACAGUUAUACACGCGUCAAAAGCGCAACCACAUCGUCGAGGACCCAUUUGUAUUCCACCUACAGCCACAGUUCCCAUCCAAUCGGCGGAUCCACGCUUGGCAAGGAUUGCUCCUAGUCUGACUGCUUUACCUAUCGC